UGCUUGAAGACCAACCUUCUGAAGAGAUGAAAGUUGUGGCGAUUUGUGCUUUGCAGAAUCUUGUGAUGCAUAGUCGAUCGAAUAAAAGAGCGGUUGCGGAAGCUGGAGGGGUUCAGCUUGUCCUUGAUUUGAUUGGUUCGGGUGAUAUGGAUACCUCGAUUCAGGCUGCAAUGUUUAUUAAGCUUCUUUUUUCCAAACAUACCAUCCAAGAAUAUGCAUCUAGUGAGACUGUUAGAGCUAUAACUGCUGUUAUCGAAAAAGAUUUAUGGGCAACAGGAACAGUCCAUGAGGAACAUUUAUUAGCCCUAAAUACACUUUUCAGAAACUUCCCACGUUUAAGAGCCUUUGAACCCGCAACAUUUAGCAUCCCACAAUUGGUGACAUCACUCAAAACCGGCUCAGAAGCAACACAGGAAGCUGCAUUGGACGCGCUAUUUCUUCUGAGGCUAGCGUGGUCUGCAUGCCCUGCUGAUGUCUCCAGAUCCCAAUCAAACUUAAGGAUCAUUUUUACACCCUAUGAAACAACUGAAGUAACGCUUCCUUCUUUCCUACUUGCAACUAGUUUUCCAAAAAAAAUCUAUAAAAAAUGGUUAUUAGAUGGACUUGCAGGGUUAAGCACUAAACAUGGGCAUCUAUGUUUUUAUGGAAAUUGUGUUGUUGUCUGCAACGCAGAUGAUAGUUCUGCAACUGCUUUAAGCUCCUCUCAUGCUUCCAAAGCUUUGUAUGAAAUUAUGAGGUUGUUGCUUUUUUACUUAAUGGAUUUCAUCAGUUAA